AUGAUAUCUCCGGGAAUUCGUUCUUUCUCUCGCUGCUUUUCUGUCGGCGCAGUAUCCCAUGCUGACUACUCCCAUGUAGUCAUUGGUGGGGGUGUCGUGGGAUUGGCCAUCGCGGCCGAGCUCUCCAAAGUCUCCUCCAACAAAGUCAUUUUGCUCGAAAAGCACCUCUCUCUAGGUCAGGAAACCACCUCCAGAAACUCUGAGGUGAUCCACGCCGGGCUCUACUAUCCUCCAAACUCCCUCAAGGCUAAAUUCUGCAUUGAGGGAAAAGCGUUGCUCUAUAGUGACGCUGCAAAAGCAGGGGUGGAAAUGAGACAGUGCGGAAAAUGGAUUGUGGCCCAGACUGAGCAAGAAACAGAGUAUUUGACCAAAAUGCACGAAAUAGCUACCAAAAUCUUGGGUGUUCCGGUUCAGAUGAUUUCUGCCAGUGAAGCACAGACGUUAGAACCGGAAAUUAAGGUUGGCCAGGCGGUAUUGAGCUCCCCGACCACAGGAAUAAUAUCUGCACACUCCUUUAUGGACUAUCUUGAGUCUAUAUUCCAGACCAAUAACGGGGAAAUCGCCAUUGGAUCGCAGGUGACGGGGUUGACUAAGAAUGGCGAGACAUUUACGGUUGUGGUGAGCGAUAUAUCUGGGGAAGAAGUGGAGAUUGAAACCGAGAACGUAGUUAACUCCGCUGGCUUGUAUGCCUCAGAUAUAUCCAACAUGCUCUUAGAACGGAAGGUCAAUUCUUUCUAUGCUAAAGGGAAUUACUUUAGCUUUAGUAGGCCCGGGACUAAAGUUGGAAGAUUGAUAUACCCGUGCCCCACCAAGAAUGUCGCGUCGUUAGGCACCCAUUUGACAAUAGAUCUCGGUGGACAGAUCAAAUUCGGCCCCGACAUCGAGUGGGUCGACUCUGCUUCGGACUUUGAGGUCUCUCUGAAGAAUCUUGAUGCGGCCUAUCAUGCAAUUAAGCGCUACUUCCCAGCCGUGACGAAAGAAUCGCUAACCCCAUCGUACAGCGGGAUCAGACCCAAACUCACGGACCAGUACGAGACUGCAUUUCAGGAUUUCGUAAUUCAGGAGGAAGAGGGCUUCAAGGGGUUUGUAAACUGUUUGGGCAUUGAAAGUCCGGGAUUGACCUCCGCGAUGGGAAUUGCCAAAUACGUUAGAGAGAUCUACCACAGUAAAUAA